AUGAAGAAAGCAUUUGUAUUAAUAUUUUCCUGCUUCUUACUUUUUUUGCAUUUGCACAUUAUAAGAACGCACUAUGCAAAAAAUGAAGAAACAAAUAAGAAGGAUACUAAAUUGACAAAGAAACGUAAUGUCAAAACUUUCAAUAAAAAAUUAACAAACAAAUCCUUUCUUCAAGUACAACACACUGUAGCAACUAGAUCUGUACCACCGCCACCUUGUCUUGGAGAUGAUUGCUUCUGCCAAAAUUAUUACGAUUUAACAUUAAUUUUGGACGAAUCUGCAAGCAUAGGAUCAAAAAAUUGGAAAAACCAUGUUAUUCCAUUUACUGAUAAAAUUAUAAACGAUUUAAAAAUAAGCAAAAAUGAAGUACAUGUAGGAAUUUUGUUAUUUUCUAGUAAAAAUAGAGAUUACGUCACUUAUGGUGAUGAAUUAAGAUAUCAAAAAGAUGAGCUUCUAAAAAAAGUAGAAAAAUUAAAAAAAGAUUAUUAUUGCGGAGGAGGAACAAAAAUAUUAGGUGCAUUGAAAUAUUCUCUGGAAAAUUAUACAAAACAUAAAAAUAUUAGAUAUGAUGCACCUAAAGUAACAAUAUUAUUUACUGAUGGAAAUGAAAAUUCUGCAUCUAAUAAACAACUUUUGGAAAUGGGUUUGACAUACAGAAGAGAACGAGUAAAGUUAUUAGUUCUUGGUGUAGCUGCUGCUGAAGAUAAUAAGUUAAAAUUAAUAGCUGGGUGUGAAGAAAAUACCAAUUGUCCAUACUCCAUGAAAGCAGAAUGGGAAACUAUAAAUGACAUAACAAAGAGAUUAACUAAUAAAAUAUGUCAUACAGAAUCGGAAAUAGAACCAGAACCAGAACCAGAACCUUCCACACCAACACAUUGCCAAGGUGAUGAUUGCUUUUGUGAGGAUUAUUACGAUUUAACUUUAAUUUUAGAUGAGUCACGAAGUAUAACUCUCAACAAAUGGAAGAAAGAUGUAGUUCCAUUUGCCGAAAAAGUUUUGAAUAAUUUAAACAUCGACAAAGAUAAAAUACAUGUUGGAAUUAUGCGUUUCGCUAAUUCUAUGAAAACGGAUAUAGGUUAUGAGCAGGAAACAAGAUAUAUGAAAAACGAUUUGAUAAAACUAGUUAGAGAAUUAAAAGAUAAAUAUGGAUAUGGUAGUGCUACCCAUCUUGUCGAUGCUUUACAAUAUUCAUUAAAAACUUUUACAAGACACCCCAAUAAUAGAGUUGAUGCACCUAAGGUAACAAUAUUAUUUACAGAUGGUAAUGAAACUUCUAAAAAGGAAAAAGAUAUACGAGAUGUAGGAUUAUUAUAUAGAAAAGAAAAUGUGAAGCUAAUAGUAGUAGGGGUUAAUUUAGCUACGGAGAAAAGUUUAAAAUUAUUAGCUGGUUGUAAUGAAAAUGAAGAAUGUCUACGAGUUAUUAAAUGUGAAUGGAAUGAUUUAACAAAUAUAACUAAAAUACUUACAGAUAAGAUAUGUAAUACGGGAUCAGUAGAAUUACCAAAACCUGAAGAGAAUCCUGAACCAGUAGAAAAACCAAAUCCAGAGGAAAAUCCUAAUCCAGUCGAAAAACCAACUCCAGAAGAAAAUCCUAAUCCAGUGGAAAAACCAACUCCAGAAGAAAAUCCUAAUCCAGUCGAAAAACCAACUCCAGAAGAAAAUCCUAAUCCAGUGGAAAAACCAGAACCAGAAAAGAAUCCUUGUAUAAACAUGGAAGAUUGCUAUUGUAAAGAUUUUUAUGAUCUCACUUUAGUUUUAGAUGAAUCAGCUAGUAUAUCUGAUUUAAUAUGGAGAAACGAAGUUAUUCCAUUUGCUUUGGAAAUUAUUAAAAGAAUAAAUAUAAGUUAUAAAAAUGUGCAUAUGGGCGUUUUGCUUUUCUCUGAACACACUAGAGACAUUGUUAGAUUUUAUGACAAUGCAAGAUAUGAAAAAGGGACACUACAGACAAAAAUAAAUGAUCUAAAAAGAGAUUAUAGAAGUGGAAAGAAGACAUAUAUAAUACAAGCUCUACGAUAUGCAUUAACAUAUUAUAGCAAACUUUCAAAUAGAAAGGAAGCACCUAAAGUAACCAUGUUAUUUACAGAUGGAAAUGAUUCCUAUGAAUCAGAAAAGGGAUUAAAUGAUAUUGCAUUAUUAUAUAGAAAAGAAAAUGUGAAAUUAUUGGUAGUAGGAGUUUCUACAGCAAAUGAGAAUAAAUUGAAAAUGUUAGUUGGUUGUGAACCAAAUGUUGUUUGCCCAUUUGUUAUUAAAACGGAAUGGGGAUUAUUGAAAAGUGUAUCAGAAGUGUUUGUAAAAAAAAUAUGUGACAAUGAAGUGGUAUUGCCACCAGGAAGCCCCUCCGAAUCAACACCUGGAACUCCUUCCGAAUCAACACCCGGAACUCCUUCCGAAUCAACACCUGGAACUCCUUCCGAAUCAACACCUGGAACUCCUUCCGAAUCAACACCUUGUAGUGGAACCGAAUGUUUAUGCCACAAUACCUACGACUUAACAUUAAUUAUGGACGAAUCUGCAAGUAUUGGAUAUUCUAACUGGGAAAAGGAAGUAGUUCCAUUUACUAUAGGACUUGCAAGUAAUUUAGAAAUAAGUGAAAAGAAAGUGAAUAUGGGAAUAUUAUUAUUUUCUGAUAAAAUAAGAGAGUUCAUUAAAUAUGGACAAAAAGAAAGUUAUGAUAAAAAUAACUUAGUAAGAAGAAUACAUGAUUUGAAAAAAUAUUAUAAAUCAGGAGGAUUUUCAUAUAUAGUAGAAGCUUUGAAAUAUGGAUUAUAUUCAUAUGCAAAAAGUACAUCUACUAGAUUAAAUGUUCCUAAAGUAAAUAUUUUGCUUACCGAUGGGAAUAAUACAGAUACGUCUGAUUUUAUUUUAACUGAAGUGAGUUCCUUGUAUAAGAAAGAAAAUGUAAAGUUAUUACUGAUUGGUAUUGGAGAUCUUACUAUGCAUAAAUUAAGAUUGUUAGGUGGAUGUGAUAAAUCGGAUGGUGACUGUCCAUAUGUUGUAAAAGCAGAAUGGAAUAAUUUAAAAUAUACGUCAAAUUUAAUUAUUGAUAAAAUAUGUCAUACAGAUAAGCCAGUAGAAAAACCAGGAGAUACUUCAUCUGUAUGUAAUUCUAAGGAUGACUGUAUAUGUGAGAAUUAUUUUGACUUAACAUAUAUUGAAGUUCCAACAAUAAAUAGUACAUAUACAUGGAGAAGUGAUUUUAUGGAUUGUUCAAAAAAUAUAAUGAACAGUUUAGUUAUUGAUAAAAAUAAGGUACAUGUUUCGUUGAUAAUAUCUUUAGAAAAGAAGUCUGUUCAUCAAGGCUUUGAUGAUGUUAAUUCUUAUAAUAAAAAUGAAUUAAUAAAGACAUUAGGAAAGUUAGAGAAUUCGACUGUUUUAAACAAAACUAAUAUAUUAGAUUCGUUAGUAUAUGGUAUUCAACAAUCUUUUGGAAAAGGAAAUAGAGAAAACGCCCCAAAAGUUACUAUGUUAUUAACCAAUAGUAAUAGUGAUAUAUCUGAUGAGAAGGCAUUACAAGAUAUAUACUUAAAUUAUAAAGAGAAAUCAAUUAAGUUAUUGAUUAUAGGUAUAGGUAUAACGAAUACGGGAAAAUUAUUUAAUGCUGGAGGAUGUAAUAUGAAUGGGGAUAAUUGUCCACAUGUAUAUGCAUCUAAAAGUUUUUCAUAUAUUGGUGGUGUUGAUACAUUUUUAGAAGUAAAUAAAUGUGAUAGUAGUAGCCAUAAUAAUGGAGGUGACAAUGGGAAUGGGACAGAAGGAAAUGUAAAUCCAGAUACACCUUCAUGUAAUGAUAAUGAUGAUGAUGAUGAAUGUAAUAAUGAUGACAGUAAUAUUAUAUGUACAAAGGUUUUAGAUAUAGCUGUUGUAUUAGAUCAGUCUAGUAAUAUAUCCAAAGAUCAAUGGAAUGUAUAUAUAAAACAGUUUGUUAUAAACACAGUGAACCAAAACUAUUUGUCAAAAUAUCGAAGUCAUAUAACUAUUGUAAAAAUGGGAAAGAGUACUAAAGAAAAAUGGAGCUUAAAUAAAAAAAUUAGUUAUCAAAAGAAGAAGAUUAUUAAAAAAAUAAACAAAUUACCAAUAUCAUAUUCAAAAAAGAAGGAUAUAGCAAAGAGUUUAAAAUAUGUAAGGACAAAAGUAUUUAAAAAAAGUGAAACAAAUAGAAAAAAAUUAAUAAUAAUGUUAGUUGAAGGAAAGUCAAACAGUAAUAUGAAUGAUUUGAGAAAAGAAGUUGGAUUAUUAAAAGUAAACAAUAUUGAUUUUUUUGCAUACGCAAUAGAUAAUAUAGAUGAAAUGGAAUACAAAAUACUUGGGGAUUGUGAAGGUUCAGUAGAUAUGGGACUUAUGGGGAAUCCACCAUCAUCUCCUUCUUAUUUGCCAUGUAAAAAUAUAGUUAAGGUAUCAUGGGAUACAUUAUUAUCUUCAACAGAUAUACAUAUGAAGUAUAUUUGUAAUGGUUAUCCUGAAGAUGCCGAAUGUUCUGAAUGGGAGGAAUGGAGUCCCUGUCCUGAAACGUGUCCUACAAUUAAUAAUAAUAAUAAUAAUAAUAGUAGUGGUAGUAAUAACAGUAGUAGGAAUAACAAUAGGACGUAUUUUCCACAGCUAAGCAAAAGGGAAAGGAAAGGACCAUACACAUUAAAAGGAGAAGAAUAUAUAGGUGAGAAAUAUGGAAGUUCUUGUAUGGAAUUGAAAUCUAUCGAAUAUCGAUCAUGCCCUAUAAAUGCAGGUUGUAAUGAUAUGUGUGGAGAUUUCGGUGAAUGGAGUGAGUGUAGUGCAACGUGUGGAGAAGGUAUACGAGUAAGGAAUAGAGAUAAUUCUUUAGACAAUGAUGACAAGUGUAAAUUAUUUAAUUCAACUGAGAUGGAAGCAUGUAAUAUUCAAGAAUGUGGUGAUAAUAAUAAUGUAGAUAUAUGUGAGGAUAUUGGAGAAUGGAGUGAUUGGUCAUCUUGUUCUAAAACUUGUGGAUAUUCAACAAGAAGUAGAACGUUUACUAUUUUACCAGAAUAUAUAGGAGAAUAUCCUAAUUGCAAAAUCUUUGAAAGGAGUGAAACAGAAGUAUGUGCUUUUAUUCCUGCAUGUUCUGAUGAAAAAUGUUUUGAAUGGGAAGAAUGGAAUGAAUGGUCUUCUCCAUGUAGUCCUAGGAAAAGAGUUCAGAAAGCUCGAGUAUUAAAAAAUGAUGAUGUCAUUAUUAGUAGUGGUGAUAAUAAUAAUAAUAAUAAUAAUGCUAAAAGAGGGAUGGGGCAUAAAAAUUCUACAUUUACUUCUUAUAAUAAUAAAAAAUCUGAUAUAUGUGAAGAAGAAGUGCGACAUUAUUUAGAUAAAGUGGAAUAUGAUGAAGAAUCUACAUGUGAAAAUAAAAACCCUUGUGGUGAUUGGUCAGAUUGGUCUGAGUGUGAUAGGACAUGUAAUGUUGGUGUUCGAAUACGACAUUUUAUAUCUCACAUGUUUGAUAUGGUUGGAGAUGAAGAUGAAAAGGAAUGUUUAGAAUACUAUAAUAAAGUUGAAACGCAAGAUUGUUUGCAUUUACCACCAUGUGACGGAGGUGAAUGUAGUGAUUGGGAAACUUGGGUAGAAUGUAAAGAAGAAGAUAUGAUCGGAAACAAUUGUCAUAAACGAAAUAAAAAAAUAUUAACUCGAAAGUUAGAAUUAUUGAAAAAUAAAGAUAUAACAAGAACAAAAAAUACAUCGGAUGUUUGUAAUGACUAUACAUUGUUUAGAGAAGAAGAUUGUCCUCAAUCAAAUGAUACAUGUAUAAAUGCAUUAUGUAAUGAAUGGGAAGAAUGGGGAGAUUGUUCCAGUACAUGUGGGGAAGGAUCAUUUAAAAUAAGGAAAAGAAAAGAGCCUUUGGAAUUGAUACCUGCAUCUCAAGAUAUAAAUGGAAAUAUUGGUUUGACAUGUGCACAACAAAAUAUAAAAGUUGAAGAAAGAGAAGCCUGUAUAGUUCCAGCAUGUGAAGAUGAAUCUACCAACGGAGGAACAGUAGUAGAAGGAUCUACUCCUUCUUCUCCAUCUGACAGUAAUAAUAAUGAUGGAUCAUCGGGUGAUAAUACAGGAGAUUCAAAUGAUAAAAAAGGGAUGGGAACAGGUGAAAAAGUUUCGAUAGCUGCUGGAGUAAUAGGUUUAGUAGCCUUAGCAGCAGGAGGUUUGAUAUAUGGAUACAAUACGUUAAACGGUGGUGAGCCCCCUCAUAGUUCUAAUAUGGAAUUUGAAAAUGUGGAGAACAACAUAGGUACAGAAGAGCAAGAAAAUGAAGACUUUGAGGUAGUGGACGCGGAUGACCCUAUGUGGAACUGA